AUGGCUUGCUCGGGGAGGAAGACUCUGUCUUUCCUCCUUGUCUUCAUGCUGGUAUAUCUACAUGGGGCUUCAUCUCAGGCAACAGGCCCAGCGGGGCAAAGGAAACCAUUUUUUGAGAGGCUCCGUAGACUAGAAGAGCAGUUUUGGAGAUUCCAAGAGGUGACCUUAACACACCUGCAAAGCAUUGCCAGCAACUACAACGUGUCCUACAACAUCGAUGCCCGGUUCCAGAGCCUGGAGGAAGACAGCCAGGCCACAGCUCUCGCAGUCAACAGGUCCCAGGCCAUAGUCUUGGGGGACCUGGCCCACCUGAAGAGCUGGGUGAGGAAGAGCCAGCGCAGAAGCCGGAAGGUGGACACGCAGCUCCAGGCCUUGCACCUUACCCUGAGCGCGCAGGGCAGGCAGUGGGCACAGGAGGCGGACGAGCAGAAGGCGCGGCAGGAAGCCCUGGCCAGCCUGGCACGGGACGUGCAGGCCAUGCAGGACACACUGGCCCGCCUGACGCUCCAGAUCCACAGCCAGGGAGCCAGACUGGCUGUCUUUGAGGGACAUCUGCAGACUGACCAUCAUGGCCCCUCAGCUCCGGCGCUGACCCUCGCCCUGACCCCCUCUCAGCCCACAAAGCCAGGCCCAGGCUCCCUGCAGCUGCAGAGGGGUAGGCACACACCGGGGGCUUCCGCACUCCAGAAUCACCCUGAGGACACCUCCACCCUCGCCGACCCGAGCAUCCAUCGGUCUCUCGUGCGUCCCCAGGACCCGUCUCAGCUGGCACGGGUCCCCCAGGGACAGGGACAUAUUUGCAACGUGGGCCCUGUGUUUAUUUUCCCGAAUGCCUCCACACAGAACGUGCUCUCCUUCAGUCCCGGCUUGCUCUCAGCCCUGCGAGCCCUGUCCUUCUGCAGCUGGAUCCGCGCGGCCGCUGGCCACCUGGGCACCCUUCUUUCCUACGCCACCCAGGACAAUGACAACAAGCUGGUGCUGCAUGGCCGGGACUCCCUGGCCCCCGGCUCCAUCCACUUUGUGAUCGGAGACCCAGCCUUCAGGGAGCUGCCACUGCAGCCGCUGCUGGACGGCCAGUGGCACCAUGUCUGUGUGGUCUGGGCGUCCACUGAGGGCAGGUACUGGCUGCACGUGGACCGCAGGCUGGCGGCCACGGGCUCGCGCUUCAGAGCGGGCUACGAGAUCCCUCCCGGAGGGUCCCUCGUGGUGGGCCAGGAGCAAGACCGUGUAGGGGGUGGGUUUGACGGUGCCGAGGCCUUCGUGGGGAGCGUGGCGGGCCUGGCCAUCUGGGACCGGGCUCUGGUCCCUGGGGAAGUGGCAGACCUCGCCAUGGGGAGAGGGCUCCCCACAGGUGCCAUUCUGACAUUAGCCAAUGCCACGUGGGCUGGGGGAUUUGUGCGGAGGAUCAGCUGCACCUGCCUGGAGCACUGUCCUUGA